AUGCGGCUGUUGCAAAGUGACAGUCAUGGUCGGCUGAGCCUGACCAGGAACUUGAUUGAAGACAUUCCCAGCUACUCGAUCCUUUCACAUACUUGGGGAACGGAUGACGACGAGGUUACUUUGGCCGAUCUCGAAAACGGAUCUGGCAAGAGCAAAAAAGGUUACAAUAAGCUUCGGUUCAUUGAGCAGCAGUCCAAGAAGGAUGGACUUCAAUAUUUCUGGGUGGACACAUGCUGCAUUGAUAAAGCAAAUCAUACCGAGCUCGCAGAAGCGAUCGUCUCAAUGUUCCAAUGGUAUAAACGUGCCGUAAGAUGCUACGUGUAUCUAUCGGAUGUUUCGAGUCGGAAACGGGACAGUGAACAAAAUGGGCGGGUAUGGGAAUCCGCCUUCCGCAAAAGUAAAUGGUUUACGCGGGGGUGGACGCUUCAAGAACUCAUUGCUCCGAGACAAGUCGAGUUCUAUUCACGAGACGGAGACCUGCUAGGCGACAAAACUUCGCUUGAGCGGGAGAUCCACGAGAUAACACGGAUCCCAGUCGCGGCUCUCCGUGGCUCUCCACUGUCUGAUUUCAGUCCUGAUGAGAAGAUGCGGUGGUCAGAGAACAGGUACACCAAGAGGAUAGAAGACAAGGCGUAUUGUCGACUGGGUAUAUUUGAUGUGUCCAUGUCUCCUAUCUAUGGUGAGGAGGAGAAAGCUAUGGUUCGGCUGAAAGACGAGAUCUGUAAGUCCUACCGCCGUCAGCUGGACAGGAUCGGACAUGACACCAAAUCAACUUCCAGUAAUCCGGACAAAAUCUCGCUACACGGGCGACGAGAGAGUUUGGUGGAUUCUCUGGGGUUUGAUCAGAUGGAUUCACGACGCUCCACGAUCAAAACGGCUCAUCCUAAGACGUGCGAGUGGCUACUGAAACACCCUGCUUACGCAGAUUGGACAAACCCCCAAAAGCUUCACGAACAUCGUGGAUUCUUGUGGAUCAAUGGCAAACCUGGAGCUGGAAAGUCGACUCUGAUCAAGUUCGCUCAUGCGUGUGCUGCAAAGAACACUCCCGAGGGUGAGAUCAUCUUGUCCUUCUUUUUCAAUGCUCGUGGAGACGAGCUUGAAAAGUCGACGGUUGGUAUGUAUCGAGCUUUGCUAUUUCAGCUCUUGAAGAAAGACGCAGAGUUGCGGAAGGUUUUGGACAGCCUUCAUCCUUCCUCAGAGUAUCAAAACCAAACUCCUUUGUGGACGGUCGACCUACUAUGUGAGCUUUUGUCAGCCGCUGUAGCGAAACUUGGGCAACGACGGCUGAAAUGCUUCAUUGACGCACUCGAUGAGUGUGACGAGCAGCAAGUUCAAGAUAUGGUUGUUUUCUUUGAAGAAUUGGGGCAGAAGGCUCUUGACAACGGAUGUCAGCUCUACAUAUGCUUCGCCAGCCGUCAUUAUCCGACCAUCGACAUUCGGAAUGGUCGGCAGUUGACAUUGGAAAACGAAGCCGGUCACGGGGAGGAUUUGACAAAGUACAUACAGAGCCACCUGCGAGCCGGAACCGGAGAGUCCAUUGAGGAAGUGAGAGCACAGAUACGCGAGAAAGCAAAUGGCGUCUUCAUGUGGGCGGUCCUGGUCAUCAACAUCUUGAAUGAAGAAUUUCGCCGUGGCCGCAUCUUUGCCAUCAAAGAAAGACUCCAGGAAAUACCACCGGGGCUCAGCGACCUUUUCAGAGACAUCUUGAGGAAGGACCGUACCAACAUGACCGACUUGUUGCUCUGUCUCCAAUGGAUCCUGUUUGCGAAACGACCCCUGAGGCAGGAAGAAUUCUACUACGCAAUGGUGGCUGGCCUCAAGCCUCAGAGCAUAGCCGAGUGGGACCCUGAGUACACCACCGUCAACUAUAUGAAUCUUUUUGUGCUCAGUUCCUCCAAAGGGUUGGCCGAACUCACCAAAUCCAAAAAGCCAACGGUCCAGUUUAUCCACGAAUCAGUCCGGGAUUUUCUCAUCAAAGACAACGGCUUGUGCGAGCUGUGGCCCGAGCUUGGGAAUGACUUGAACAGUCAGAGCCAUGAUAAACUGAAGGAAUGCUGUCAGAAUUAUCUGCAGGUCGACGUUUCGAGUUGUGUUUCGCCUGGUCAGAUACCUGCACUCGCAUCUACCGAUAUCGCGAAAAGUCUCAGACAGGAUUUGGCAGAUAAAUUUCCCUUCCUUGACUACGCAAGCCAACAUGUGUUAUAUCAUUCCAAUGAAGCGGCGGUGGCAAUUUCACAAGACGACUUCUUGAGAGGGUUUGAUCUUGGCACCUGGAUCAAGAUAAGUAACCUGCUCGAGCGGUACGAGAUCCGUCGCCACACUCCGUGUGCCAGCCUGUUAUACAUCCUGUCGGAGAAAAAUUUUGCGAGGCUGAUCACCACAGCGUACCGUUACGGCUUGACGGGAAACUUCCCGGGGUCUCUCACUGAACGAUAUCAAUAUCCUCUUUUGGCUGCAUCAGCUACUGGCAGUCGAGAUGCCGUCCAGGCUCUUCUGACAUUUGCAGAUGUUGAUGUCAACCAAAAAGCCCGUAAAGGCCGAACUGCCUUGUCCCUAGCAGCUGAGAAGGGCUACGCGGAUGUGGUGGAUGUCUUAUUGGCAGCUGACGACAUCGACAUCGGCUUGAAGGCCAAUAAUGACCGCACGCCACUAAUAUACGCCGCCGAGCAAGGGCACGGUGCAGUUGUUCAGUUACUGUUCGACAAGGCCGCCGUCACCAAUGCCACCCACAUUACGACAGCCGUAGUGUGGGCUGCUACAAACGGGCGAGAGACUGUUAUGAAGCUACUACUCGAGAAAGGUGCUAAUAUCGAGGCUAUCGACAAAACCGGCAAGACAGCCUUGCUACGGGCCGCUGAAAUGGCAAAUAAACCGACGGUAAAGCUACUGCUCGACAAAGGGGCUAAUCUCAAGGCUAUCGACAAUACCAGCAUGACAGCCUUGCUAUGGGCCGCUGGCCGUUACAGCCCGGAGAUAGUACAUUUACUACUCGAGAAAGGUGCUAAUAUCGAGGCCACCGACAAUGCCGGGAUGACAGCAUUACUAUUGGCAAUUAAAAGGGGGCCUGAAUCUAUGGUACAGCUACUGCUUGAGCGGAAUGCCUCUGUACAUGUCACAGACAAAAGUGGGCGAACCACGUUGUCAUGGGCAUUAGGGGACAGCGAAAACCAAUGCGGUGUUCGUUCGACCGCGACCCCAUUUGGCCGUGAUGAUCCUCAAGACUAUGAAGAGCAGAUGAAGUUACUUGACAAGCGUUUCCUCUUCUGGCCAGGGCUAGGAUGUGUGAAAACUGUGUUGUUGCUGCUUGCAAAAGGUGCUCAGCUUGAUGAUCAUGAUGAAAAUGAGGACGGCAAAACAGCCCUGGAGUGGGCAGCCGAAGCCGGGCCCCUUGCGAUUGCGCGGCUAACAGCAAAAGAUUGGAAAUACGCAGUGUUUUGA